AUGACGAAUGCGAUGGAUGCGAGGGGCAUGGGCCUUCAAGGAAUAGGCGAGUCGUUAACUCAUAUUGGACGAUAUACACUCUUGAAAUGUAGGUACAGUACGGGCGACCCACACCUCUCGCAGUCGUGGCCGUGGCGUGGCGUCCCUCCUCACCCCAUAGAAUUACGACGGUCGAUGCAUAACUUCCACGCUGUCACCGGAGCUCAGCCGAAGACACAGCACAGCACAACUUCUUCGCGUAACUGGGCCGAGACCUCCGCUCCCUGUCAAAAUUGUAUCAUAGCGAAUCGGGCAGGAACGGAGGAUUCGAGAGUUGGAACGAGAGAUGGCGGAGAUUUCCCGGGCUCUGCGUCACUCACAUCACUCGCUGCAGACUGGACCUGGUGUGAGUGGGCGGUGACGGCGUCAAUGACGGCCUUGUUUUUCACCGGAAAAGACGCUCUCAGCAAGACGUGUAGAAGUGAAGCGAGAGGGAUGGCUACCAAGGACAUCGGAGGAGGUAUUUGGACAACACCUGACUGUUUUUCUGGAGUGCUGAGAUCUCUACAAUCGGAACGUAGACCAGUGCAGACCAUGGCGUCAAUAUCAGCCAACGAAGGCCGUCUGAUUCUGGCACAGCGUAGAAGGCGGCACUGCAGCAGAGCGAAAAUGAAAUUGCAACGAGGCCUUGAAUUGUACCACCGGACGGCUUCGGGAGACAUGCGUUGGAAGAAAGGCAAGUCUCACUUUCUCGCAGGAAUGCAAGAUGAAGCGAGGCAUCUCCGCGAGCGAGCGCGAGCGCGUUUCGAUGACAUCUUGAGCUUCGGCAGCCACAUCAACAGUAGUAGUCUUCCUUCUCGACUGGCGACUGCACUGCACUGCACUGCACUCACACACUCGCGUCCACUCGCUCCCACCAUGAAGUCGUGGCCUUCACUCACCGCAGCGCUUGCUACAGCCUCGCUGCCAUUGCUAGCAUCGGCCGACAGCAUCCUCGCGGCGCGUCAGGGCGACAGCUGCGCCUUGCGAGAGGACCACAGCUUGUGCCCUCAGUGCGAUGGCAAGAAUGCCACUGAUUCCAAGGGCCAGAAGUGGAGCAUCACAUGCGACUGGGUCAUUGACUCGGAGACUGAGCAAGAACUGGCCGGCCAUGUAUCUUGGCCCACUUGCUUGGAUGCCUGCGACGACGCCGACCAAUGCGUCGGCGUGAACUUUGCCGCCAAUGGCAGCUGCACGGUUGCCUCUGGCGAACAGCAGGGCCUGAGGUGGUCCGCUGGCUUCACCAACCUGGUCACCAUUGCGACAUUGACCAGCACCUCCCGCGCCACUUCGACCUCUCAUGUUCGUAUCACCGAAACUCUGAGCGGAACUCAUACACGCGCUUCCACCACAUCCACCUCGGCGCCAGCCAGCGCAUCUGCCACCGCCCUGUCCGCUUCCUGCAGCCUGGAUGAUCCUGAUAUCUGCCCGAAGUGCAACGGAUUGAUUGCAGUCGACUCCAACGACAAGACAUAUCGCGUGCUUUGCGACACCUCAAUCGAGUCGAACGGAAGCUAUUCGGUACAGGAGUGGCUAUCGCCAGAAGAAUGUCUCCUAGAAUGUGACAAGCUCGAUUUCUGCACGGGAGCUACCUACCAUGGCGAGCGCAGCUGUCUAAUCGCCAAAGCUGAUCCAUCCGCUACCUAUCAUGAGUCGUUCACAGCAUUCUUCCCGGUCAUCGCUGGCUACCCCGAGACCAAAGGCAGUCCAAGCAGCUCCAAGACCCAAGCUUGGAACGCUUCUACCGCCACCGCCACGCCAGAACCAACUUUCUCCACUCUGCCCAUCAACCCAGGCUGCGACACAGCAGAUAUUACCUGUCCUGAAUGUCAGGGAGCACCAUACACCGACAAGCUCAAUGGCUCAUACACCAUCUUCUGUGGCCUCGAGCCAACAUGCAUGAGCACUUCGGUGCACCGUGAUCCAGGCACCCAAGAUCUCUGCACCGAGAGCUGCGACCAAGCCGUGACUUGUCUAGCCGCCAUGUGGUACCCGGACACCAAGGCAUGCCAUCUCUGUCUACAAGGCAUCAACAAGACUGUCGAGAGAAGCGAUGUGCCAUACGUAUUGUUGGUGGUUGACAAUGAUGGAGAUGAUGAUGAAGGUGAUGCGACUCUAAGUAUUGCUUCGACAGCGAGCGCCACGGCCAGUUCACGUCGCGGCAGCAUCACCGCUCAGCCGAGCCCAUUUCCUUCGCGCACCUCCACCAUCGGACCAGUGGGCCCUGUGAGUGUUGCAUCAAUGCCGCCGCUUCGCAACACCACGACUUCAUCUCCCGCGCCAUCUUCUACAACCACCAGCCCUAGCCUUGCCAACGUCACUUGUCCAGAAUACGACGACAAUGUGUACACGGACGCCAACGGCAAUUACUUCGCUGUAGGCUGCGACAGCCGCUUCGAUGCUGCUCACUCCCGCUUCAUCUCGGCCUCAGACUUUGCUGCCUGUGUGGCAUCCUGCACCGGAUCGUGCGAUGGCAUUCAAUUUGGCAUCACCACUCGCUGCGGCCUGUUUACCGACAUCUCUGUCGUCGGCCCUGCGACUGGCUGGACCAUCGCCGCGAGCAUCACGUUUCCAAUCACCACAGGCGGUCUGCCAGCCAGCAUCACAUCUGUUUCCUCUUUUGCAGAGACUUCUGGACCCGUUCCAUCUACCACGAGUUUCACCAGCAGCCGGACUAACGGUACGGUCUCGUGGACUUCGCCAGCCGUGACGAAAGCAGCUCCGGCGCCGAUGGGUUAUGAAAGCGCAGAAAGAGCAAGACAUCGACAGAAAUUCCGUUACGCUCGGCUACUCAUAUCGCUAGAAUCGAUAUGCUUUCUGUUUCGAGCAUCACGGCAGAAAGGAGGACUAUGA